AUUCUUUCCCCUUGAUCCUUUUUACUUUAGUUUUUUACAUAAUAUUUAAUUUUUAAUAAAUAUCCGAUAUUUUCUAAUAUCUCCAAGUGUUUAAUUACCCCAAAAUUAAAUACAAAUUUAAGAAAACAUCAUCUAUUUAUAUGUAAAUUAGAUAUAAAUACAUCCAAAAUAACAAUUAUAAAGGAUAAAUUAAACCCUAACCAACUACUGAUUUAGUGUAACUAACCACUAAUUGACUGUUUUAAGGGUACGGUAUAUUUAAAAGUGUGUAAAAAGAGUGUUAGAGUAUGGCAUCGGUAAAAUCUAAAGCGAGUGAUAUCACCUUUGUGAGUGAUCAGAGUACAUCUUCGGCUAAGAACACUUACGCUGGACAGGUUUUUGACGGGUUAUUUCACGGUUCUGGAACGUUUUACUACAACGAUUUUGAACGUUAUGAAGGUGACUUUGUUCUCGGGAAGCGUGAAGGACGCGGUAAAUUUUACUACGCAGACGGCUCAGUUUAUGAAGGCGAAUGGCUCAAUGAUAAAAUAAAUGGUCACGGGAUUGCUUAUUUCUCAUCCGGAAACUAUUAUGAAGGUAACUGGGAGAAUGGACGUAUAAAUGGAUAUGGAACCUUGAAGUAUGCAAAUGGUGAUGUAUAUGAGGGCGACUGGUUAGAGGGUGCAAUGCAUGGCCACGGUACUUACCAGUACAGUGAAGGUGACGUUUACGUCGGCCAGUGGAGGCAAGACAAACGUCAUGGAAAGGGAACUAUAACUUACGUUGACAAACUUGGAAACCCUUGCGAAAAGUAUGAAGGAGAUUGGGUCGACAAUAUUAUGAAUGGAAAAGGAAUGUACAAAUAUGCCGAUGGAAGUUAUUACGAUGGUGAUUGGUAUAAUGGAAAGAUGCACGGCACUGGGAAAUAUGUUUAUGCUGAUGGUAACAAAUAUGAGGGUGAAUGGGUUGAAGACACUAAACAGGGAUUUGGAAUAUUGAGUUAUGCCAAUGGUGAGAAAUAUGAGGGGUUUUGGCAGAAUGACAAGUGCCAUGGUUCCGGUAUAUUAUUUUAUGCCACCAAUGAUAAAUAUAAUGGUGAAUGGGUUAAUGGUAGAAAACACGGCCCUGGUGAAAUUAUAUACGUUAAUGGAGAUCGCUUUAGAGGUAAUUGGGAAGAUGACCAUGCAAAUGGCAAUGGAAUUUACGAAUAUUCCAACGGUAAUCGCUAUGAAGGUGAUUGGGUAAUGGAUAAGAGGCAUGGAACUGGCACAUUUUUUUGUAAGCAGGAUGCUUCAACUUAUCGGGGCGGGUUUGUCAAUGGAAAGAAGGAAGGUUAUGGGACUCUUACGCUUGGCUGUGGACAUAUUGUACAUGGAAUCUGGCACUAUGGCUCACUCGUCUCUAUUGACAAUUUCGAAAUCUCACCCACUUCACCAUGGAAUAAUCCCGAUCUUUAA